AUGCCGGCGCCGCCAACGACGCCGCGCACGCCGAGUACUCGAAUAUCGCGGCGGACAUCGUCACGAUCCGUCGCCACCGAUGAGCCGUCAACGUCAGCGGCCGCUCCAGAAGAACCGACUUCAUCGUCUACAGUAGCUCCAGAAGUAGCCAUGGACGUGGAUGAGCCAGCUCCACCGCCACCAUCAACGUCAUCAGAAGACGUGACGACGGCUGUAGAAGAGCCAGAAGUAGCGGAGGAGCCAUCGAAGACGACAAAUCCGGUAGAUCAGAGGAUCGCCUAUAUGUGCGCCCUGCUUCUAGCCGACAACCGAGGCAUUCAAGACAAAUUACUCACAUCUUGUGGACCAGCUGUGCCAAGAGAAGAGCCUGUGGUGACCGCUAAUACGAGACGGAUCAAGCCAGUAGUGGAUCAUCUACAUCAAGUCGAGGAAAAAGCCAAACUAACCCAGAAAUCAGAGAAAAACGCGAUUUUAGAGCCAAAAAUGAGACAUUUAGGCUCAAACACUCAACUUCAGCAUCAAUUUUUGAGCCAAAAUUGCCCAAAAUCCAUCUCCAAACCCCAAAUUUUCCAGAUUCCUCGGUCAAGCCAUCGAGGAGAUUCUGAAGGAUCCAAAGUAUGCGGUGCUUGCCGAUCUAGCGCAUCCACCAGAAGCUCCGCCACCGGAGGAGACAGAGGCAUCCAACCGUCCCAUGCAUCCAAUAGAGCCAGAAGGUACACACGCGCCGAGCACUUCUGUUAUGCCAUCGGCGAACGGAGCACCCGGGGAAAGCCACGUGGAGAGAGCAGCGAAACGAGUGAGUUUGAGAAGGAAGGAGCGUCAAAAAUCAUGAGUUCCGCUCUGAAAAUCGAAGCGCACGUGCUUGCUCGAAUCGCGGAGCUCCGAAAGACUGGAAUGUGGACAAGUGCACGUCUUCCGAAGUGUAUGGAGCCCGAACGAAACAAGACACACUGGGACUAUCUUCUGGAGGAGGCCAAGUGGAUGGCAACGGAUUUCCGAACGGAGACCAACACCAAGAAGAAGAUGGCACGAAUCCUGGCCCACGCCUGUGCUAAACACUACAGAGAGAAGCAGGUCGAAGUGGCGAGAGCCGCUGAACGAGAGCUCAAGGAGAAGAAGCGGAUGUGUGCUGGAAUUGCGAAGAUGGUUAGGGAAUUCUGGACUGGAGUGGAUAAAUUGGUGGAUUUCCGAGCCCAGGAAGUGAGAACGGCUCGAUUGAGAAAGGCGAAAAACAAGCAUUUGAUGUUUGUAUUGGGACAAGUCGAUGGGAUCAGUAGCAUCGUCCAGGAUGGUCUCACAUCUUCAAAAUCGCCGUCGAUAGCGUCGGAUGAUAAGGAUGAUAAGGAGUUUGACGCUGGAUCGGAUUCAGAAGAGGACGAUGAGCAGACGAUUGAAAAGGCGGAGAAGGGGAUGAAGAAGGACGAUGUGAAGAAGGAGAUUGACGCUCUUCAGGAUGAGGCUGGAGAGGAUAUGGAUGAUUUUCUGAUUAACUUGCCUACGGAGUACCUGGCGAGCUAUGGAAUCACUGCGGAGGAUGUGGAGGAGAUGAAGAGGGCCAAGAAGGAGAGAGAGGAAAGAGCCAAGGAAGCUGCCGAAGCUAAAGAAGGAGAAGCUAAGGAAGAAGAGAAGAAGGACGAUGAGCCAUCGACAAGUCAGAAGAGAGUGAGUUCAGAGUCAGAUUUCGUCAGAAUUCGGCUCAAAAAUAAGCGCUAUUUCGAGUCGAAAAAUCGUAGAAAAAAACUGAUUUUUACCCCCAACGCUGAGCAAUCCCAAGACACCUCCGCCGAAGAUGGCAAUGGUGAUGGUCGAGGCGUCCUCAAAAACGUAGACUACACAAAGCUGAACAGCAACGACAGUGAUGAAAGACAGCAGGAGCUGGCCAACAUUGCAGAGGAGGCGCUGAAAUUCCAGCCAAAAGGAUACACUCUCGAGACGACGCAAGUCAAAACGCCAGUACCAUUCCUGGUCCGUGGAACACUUCGAGAGUACCAAAUGGUUGGUCUGGAUUGGAUGGUGACUCUGUACGAGAAGAAUCUCAAUGGAAUCCUAGCCGAUGAGAUGGGUCUCGGAAAGACGAUUCAGACAAUCUCGCUGCUUGCUCAUCUGGCAUGCUCUGAAUCCAUAUGGGGACCACAUCUGAUUGUCGUCCCGACGUCGGUGAUUCUGAAUUGGGAGAUGGAAUUCAAGAAGUGGUGUCCGGCGCUGAAGAUUCUCACGUAUUUCGGAACGGCGAAGGAGAGAGCGGAGAAGCGGAAGGGAUGGAUGAAGCCGAACUGUUUCCAUGUCUGUAUUACGUCCUACAAGACGGUGACCCAAGAUAUUCGAUCGUUUAAGCAGAGGGCCUGGCAAUAUCUGAUCCUUGACGAAGCCCAGAACAUCAAAAACUGGAAAUCACAACGAUGGCAAGCGCUGCUCAACGUGCGCGCCCGUCGACGUCUUCUCCUCACCGGAACGCCCCUCCAGAAUUCGCUAAUGGAGCUGUGGUCACUGAUGCACUUCCUAAUGCCCACAAUCUUCUCAUCGCACGACGACUUCAAGGAUUGGUUCAGUAAUCCCCUCACUGGAAUGAUGGAAGGAAGCAUGGAAUUCAAUGCUCCACUCAUCGGACGUCUUCACAAGGUUCUUCGUCCGUUCAUUCUGCGAAGAUUGAAGAAGGAGGUGGAGAAGCAGUUGCCCGAGAAAACGGAACACGUCAUCAAAUGCUCGUUGUCGAAGAGGCAGAGGUACUUGUAUGAUGAUUUCAUGAGUCGGCGAUCUACUAAGGACAAUUUAAAGUCUGGAAAUAUGAUGUCCGUGCUGAAUAUCGUUAUGCAACUGAGAAAGUGCUGCAAUCACCCCAAUCUUUUUGAGCCCAGACCUGUUUUGGCGCCAUUUGUGGUUCCGAAACUUCAAAUGGACCUUCCUGCCUUCCUGUUCGAUAUUGCUCAUCAGGAUCCUUCCACUCCAGAGGUUCCAGAAAUCUUCUACCUCAACAGAGCAGGAUAUCAAGCGCAGAGCAACCUCUGUCCGUUCAAUAGGAAGCCAUUAAUCGAGGAAUUGGAGGGAAUGAAGAGAAAUGUCGAGAAGCCAAUUCCAAUUGUUGAUGGAUUCCGUUUCAACCGUACCACCUUUGUUACUAAGAAUCCACAUCAUCAGGGAGAGGAAUCUGAAGACGAGGGUGUUCGUCACUCCAAUGGAAUCAAUGGAAACGCCCCAUCAACAUCAUCAGCACGACCACAAACCAACUCUGUGAUUCGCUCAAAGACGGUACUCCAUCCAACAACCCUUGCCAUCGCCACGGAUCGCAGUGGAUUCCACUACGAUAUGGCCAAUCAGGGAAGAUCGAGACUGGACGAAACCGGACGAUUGAGUCCUCCUCUGAAGCGUCAGAAGCUAACUGGAACCCAAAUGGAUUGGUCUAGCCUAGUGCCUGCGGAUGUGUUGGAGAGAAUGGAGGAAUCUAGACGGGCUCAACUUCAAAUCGUGGCUAGAAGAUUCGGAGGUCUUCGUGCUCCAAUAAUCCCAUUGGAAGUGGUAGCGUUGAUCCGAGAGGAGAUCGAAUUCCCAAGACUCGCCACGGAGGAGAAUGAAAGCGUACAAGAGGAGUUGAUGGAUUUUGUCGAGUUGUUGGUGCAAAGAUUCGGAAUGUACGUCGAACCAGUGCUCACCGACGCGUGGCAAUGCCGUCCAUCGUCUUCCGGUCUCCCAUCAUACAUCCGUAACAACUUCUCGGAAAUCGAGUCCUCUUCAAGAACCCUCCUUCUGAAAUCCUCAUCCUCUCUAGACACCAGGAUGGCAAUCUCCAGAAGUCUCCAGUUCCCAGAACUCCGUCUGAUUGAGUACGACUGUGGAAAGCUUCAAACUCUGGCUCUCCUGCUCCGUCAGCUGUAUCUCUACAAGCAUCGCUGUUUGAUCUUCACUCAAAUGUCCAAAAUGUUGGAUGUGCUUCAAACCUUCUUGUCUCAUCAUGGAUAUCAAUAUUUCCGUUUGGAUGGUACCACUGGUGUCGAGCAGAGACAGGCUAUGAUGGAGAGGUUUAAUGCGGAUUCCAAGGUGUUCUGCUUCAUUCUCUCCACUCGAUCCGGAGGUGUCGGUGUUAAUUUGACUGGUGCGGACACUGUGAUCUUCUAUGAUUCGGAUUGGAAUCCUACGAUGGAUGCACAGGCUCAGGAUCGUUGUCAUCGUAUCGGUCAGACCAGGAAUGUAUCGAUUUAUCGAUUGAUUUCCGAACGAACGAUUGAGGAGAACAUUCUGAAAAAGGCCACCCAGAAACGACGACUCGGUGAGUUGGCUAUCGACGAGGCAGGAUUCACACCGGAGUUCUUUAAACAAGCGGAUUCCAUUCGGGAUCUUUUCGAUGGAGAGAAUGUGGAUGUGACGGCGCCUGAAGACGUUCCACUGAACGAGAAGGAUAUGGAAAAGGUUAUGGCGAGAUGUGAGGAUGAGGCAGAUGUGAAUGCUGCUAAGAAUGCUGCCGCUGAGGCUACGGUGGACACUGCUGAAUUUGAUGAGCGGACGAUGCCGGGAGCUGCGGGAGCGACGUUGGCUGAAGAGGAGGCUGAUGAGAAGUAUAUGGAGUUGAUUAAGAGCCUUCGCCCCAUCGAAAGAUACGCUGUCAACCUUCUGGAGACUGCCUACAAGCCAGAAUUCGAGGAGGAGUGCAAAGAGGCUGAGGCCCAAAUCCAUCAAAAACGCGAGGAAUGGGACAAGAAUCUGAAUGAUCUGAACACCGCCUCCGAGCAAGCCGACGAAAUGGCCGAUGACGUCGAUUUCUAUCCGAAUGCCGCCACGGAAGAGGUUAGAAAGAAGAAGGCAACGGCAGCAGCAGCUAAAAAAGCCCAAAAAUUCGUUGUCCGUGCUCGUUCGCCAUCGAAACGAAAGUCCCUAGCCCCCUCAUUCGAUCCCUAUAUCUCUUACGCAUCGCACGCUCUAGGUUCUCCACCAGAUUCGCCAGUUAAGAAGAAUGUUGUUAUCAGUAGUAGUAGUAGGCGUAGUAGCAGUACGGUAGGUGGUACGGUAGGUGGAAGAGGACGUCCAAGGAAGUUUGUCAAGAAGGGUGAGCAAUCGGAGCCAGAGGAGGAUUCUGAUGAAGACUACGAGGAAGUCAAACCGAGACCGGUGAAACGGAAGAGAACGGAGCCAAUCCGAGAGGAGCCCAAGAAGGAGGCGGAGCCUAAGAAGCGACUCGCUCUCCCGGAGCAAGGGCCACUGACACUUCCAGCGGCUCCAGCGCCAUCCCCAGCUCCUAAGCCGCCAUCAAAACCAGCCCAUAUAGCUACACCUAGACCAGUAGCAGCUCCAGGACCUCGAAUCUAUCAACCACCAGCUAAUCUGAUGCCUGUUAGAGUUAUUCGGGCUUCUGGACCCCCUGGAGCGGGACCCUCUGCACCAUCCCGCCUUCCUAUACCCCAAGGAACAGCUGCUUUCCGACGACCCAUGACUACAGGAAUCAGACCUGCGAUUGGAGCUGGAAUCGGCCCUGGAAGACUCCCCCUUCGUCCACAGACCAGAAUCCCUGGAAUUCAGCCACCCAGGCAGUUUGUGGUUCCAACCGGACCAGCUGGAGCUGUCACCUCAAAUAUUCAACGAAUUCGAAUGGUUCCUGUGGCAUCUGGAGCCCCUGGAGCCCCCCGAGCCGCCACUGGAGCUCCGAGAGCCGCUUCUGGCCCUCCUAACAAGAUGAUGUUCCCGGUUCGAGUGGUCCAACGACCAGCCACCACUGCAAUGACGUCUCCAAGAAUCGCAGUACCUCUAGAACGCCCCGGAUUUGGAAUAUAUGAGAAGCCACGGUUCUCGCUGGGAUCGCGGAGAGCACGAGGAGCGUCCGAAGCGUUCUCUCCUGGAGCAUCGACGUCGUCUCUAUCGCCGCGGCCUCCUCAACCGCAACCACCACCACCGGCACCGCCAGGCGCCUAG